AUGCACAGCAAAUCAGCGCGAACGGAACCAAACUGCACCCUCUCCCGCAGCACCAAAAUCGACGAUGAAGUGGCUCACCUCGUUUCCAAGGCCAGUCAAGCCUUCGGUCGUCUUCAAAACACAGAUUGGAAUCGUCACGGUCUUCAGCUCAGUACGAAACUGAGGAUGUACCUUACCGCCAUGCUACCGACAUUGCUGUAUGAAGCAGGGAUCUGGAUGGUGUACAUGAAGCAGGCACGUAGACUCAACCACAUCCCCCUCAUAGGUCUUCGUCGAAUACUGAAUCUGAGGAGGCAGGACCGGAUCCCAGACACGGACGUACUGCAGCCGACAGGAAUUCUCUGCAUCAACGCUAUGGUAAGACACCUACGACUACAUUGUAGCGGUCACUUUGUGCGGAUGGACGACGAGAGUCUACCCAAACGACUCUUCUACUGGGAUGUCACCAAGGGUUUACGCCGAAAGGAGAUCAAGUCCGGCGCGACAAGGGUCCUCUGA